GGAAGAGGAGGAGGUGGAGGGCGAGCGCUUUAGGGCCGGACGGGAGCGAGAGAGCGACCUUCUUGAGGAUUCGAUCAUCGGCUUCGGGACUCGGACUCGGAAUUGCGUCUGGUCGCGGGGUGGUGCGAAGGAAAGGCGUUCGGUGGGAAUUGGGGUGCACUGAGGCUCGAAGGUAGGGCGGCAUGAAUAAGUUCAAUCUCCCACGGCGAAACAUCGCCCGGGAGCGACGGCUCAAGCGCACUGAGCGACGUAAAUUGGCUUCCGCAGGCUCGUCGUCUGCCACUAGGCCCACCGCCAGCAAGGUCAUCUCUGGCAAGAAGCAGCGCAAGCUUGUCAAGAAAUGGCGUCAGGCCCAGCGCAACGCCCUGGAAAGUGGGCUCGUGACCAUGCAAGAUAUUGAGAUGAUGGUGGCCGAAGGAGAAGCUGGAGGAAGCGAGGAGGCUCCUAAGGUAAAAUCUCCAAAGAACAAACGUGUGUUUAACGUGAAGAGGAGGGCGAAGAUGAGGUUGAAAUUGGCCGGUUCCUCAAACAAAGGCAAGACAACAACCGAAGCCACUUCUGCGGAUCACGAUGGUGACACCAUGAUGCAAUGAAGAGGGAGGCCUAGUCGAUAGUGUUGCGGGUGGUAAACGUCAGACGCUGGUACUGUAAAGGAUUUUCUUCGCAUAUUCUGCAGGCUGGAACAGUGUCAUCAGCACCAGAAGCGUAGCAGAGCACGACUGAAAUGAUUCAUUCUUUAUCCUUGAACCUACGUCUCAAGAUUCAGAGAAGAGGUGCACAGGACUUUGGAAGAGCACAUUGAGUGGGUUCUUUCACUCUUUGCAGCGGUGUUUAUGACUAUCAUCAGUGAGCCAUGGCUGAUGCUCAUCAGUGAGCUGAGGGUUGGUAAUAACGACCUGUGCUGAACCCGUGAAACUUGUACAUUUAGUAACGGCGGGGCACUGAAGUUACCAGGCCUUGGAGGUCUAUUCUGAUCAAACAUCAGGAACACUCACAUUGUUGUCUGUGGGCGUUACUUGGGGUUCCUAGCACCAUUUUUCUUGUUGUAAGGUAGACUUGCGUACGUGGUUCAGUUGGUAGUUGCAUGGUUGGAAGACAAUCUUUGUGACCGACGUGACUCUGCGCAGAAGAAAAUACAGGAAUUUUUUUGAACU